AUGAAACACUCAAGUGAUUUAAAUGUUGUUAUUAAUUAUCCAAUGAUGGAAAACGAAAAGAAACUAACUUUUGAUAACAAGAUCAUUUUGGCUCCUAUGGUUCGAGUGGGAACUUUACCCAUGCGACUUCUUGCGCUAGAUUAUGGUGCUGAUAUUGUUUAUACAGAAGAGUUAAUAGAUUUUAAAUUACUUCGCUCCAUCCGGCGUGUAAAUGAUGUUUUGGGAACAGUUGAUUACAUUGAUCAAACAGAUGGGACCGUAGUUUUUCGGACUUGCUCACGAGAAAAAAAUCAUGUCGUACUGCAGCUAGGAACAUCUGAUCCUGAACGGGCUGCAAAAGUUGCGCAAAUAGUUGAACAAGAUGUAUCAGGUAUUGAUUUAAAUAUGGGAUGUCCUAAAAAAUUUUCUCUUGACGGUGGAAUGGGCGCAGCUCUAAUGAAUGAUGAGCAAAAAGCAAAAGAUAUUCUAAAAAGUUUGGUUAAUGGAGUUAAAGUACCUGUUACCUGUAAAAUUCGCGUUUUUGACGAUCUUGAAAAGACUUUAAAAUUAUGUGAUACUCUUGCAUCUAGUGGAAUUUCAGCAAUUACUGUCCAUGGACGUACGGCUUAUGAAAGACCUCAGCAUAUGAACAGGCAUGAUACAAUUCGAAUUAUUGCUCAACGUUUAUCAGUACCCGUAAUCGCCAAUGGUGGUUCAAAAGACAUUGGGUGUUAUUCUCACAUAGAAGAAUUUAAAACAAAAACAAUGGCAAGUAGUGUGAUGCUCGCCCGAGCGGCGCAAUGGAAUUGUUCAAUUUUUCGGAAAGAAGGCUUGUUACCAAUUGAUGCUGUUAUCAAGUCAUAUCUUAAAUACGCUAUAGAUUAUGACAAUUCGCCAUCUAAUACCAAAUAUUGUAUACAAAAUAUUAUUCGAGAACUACAAGAUACCCCUUUUGGGAAAGAAUUUUUGAAGGCACAAACUUUGGAACAAAUUUGCCAACUUUGGAACAUAGAUGAUUACUGCCGAAUGAAAUUUCAAGAGUUUCAAGAAAAAGGUUUUCAUGGUCGUUUUCAAGUAACACCUCUCAGACAUUGUGGAGUAGCAAACGACAAUAAUGUAAAAAAAAAUGAGAAUAAUAUGGAAGAUGUAAUAGUUAUGCGAUGUGCAUUUCUUAGAAGGAGAUUCUCUUAUGAUGGUGAUUUACCCAAAACGAGACUUUUAAAAUGGCUCAGAGAAACUGAAAAAACGAACAUUGUACCUAUUUAUCACACAUGGUUUGAAGAUAAACUUUUUCGAUCAAUAGUUACUGUGAAUAAUAAAAGUUACAGUUCUUCAUUUUGGGAAAAAAAUAAAAAAAGAGCGGAGCAAGGUGCGGCAUUAGUUUGUCUUUGUGCAUUAGGAGUCAUCGAUGAAGAAUUAUUAAAAAAAAAUGGAAGUUUACGAAAGUAA